AUGGAUCAUAGGAAAACCCAGCCAAGAUCCAUGAUCAAUUUGGCCCACUCACACCCCCGCAUACAAACUAAAAUUAAACUGAAUCGUGCGACCAAAUCCCUCCCACCAAUCACUGGAAACCAGACCCGUACCAAAGAGCUAAACUCGAUUCUACAAUCAGGCCAACGAAUAAUAAUGGCCCAUGGAUCAAAAGCCAGAACCGCGGCCAAGCCACCCCAAACCCAACCGACCAACCAACCAUCCCUCUCUCCUGGCCUGAAAUUCCCCAUCCCCCUCUUCUUGGCCCAGCAUUUGCAAAAGUGCCCAUCCACACACCCUGCAGAGUCAGUACGCAGGAAUUGGAAUUACUGCUUUUUGGACCUGGGCGACACCCUAGUUCGCCCACGUGAUUUUCCGUACCAAAUCUUCUUAUCUAGGGGCCUGCUGGACGGAAUGGAUUCCUUGGAACCCAUCUAUAGGGACAAUCACGCGAAGAGCAUGAAUUUUGCUCGAGCAGCUUGA